GCGGGAGAGACGGAUGAUUCGAAAGGAGCGGAUGAGAGGAGAACGGGUUGCGUUGCCGGUGUGCGGAGAAAGAGAGGAUGAAAGAACGGGACGGAAGAGGAGAGGAUCGGCACCGGGGCGAGGAUCUCGGAGUCCGGAGUUCCAUAGGGGAGGGGAAGCAGGCGUAUAGGUGAGCAGCGCGAACAGUAUCGGGAGUAUGCACGGGGUGAUGUCGACGACACGUGACGCCAGCGAAUCUCGUCUCGCCGGUCGCGAGGAUCGCCACCGCCGUCACCGCCACCGCCACCGUCACCGCCACCCGCAGCAACACCACCAGGAGCACCAGCAGCCGCGGCAGCAACAGCCUCCUCGCGCGCUCUCUCCGCGCGCGCGAGCGCUCUCUCGAGGCGACCGACCACUUCCCGCGCGAGCCGCUCUUUAUUAGUCUACCGCGGACCAUCGCGAACCCCUUUGGCUGCCUCACGGCUCCACCAUCAUCCAGACACGUAUUCUUCCAACACCGGAGGAUCCUCCACGGGACUAGACGGCUCCUGACUGCUGGACAGGAAAACGUUUCAAGAGCGACACGGAGACGAAACUGUUGCAGGAAAGAGGUUCGAGAGGAAGGGAGGACCGAGUUGGUGUCGACGAGGAGGAGGAGGAGGACGAAGAGAGCGAGAAAGAGCAGGAUCUUCCAGUGAUACGAUACCGGGCAGCACGCGCGCCGCGCCGAUACGUCCGCUUUAUCGGCUGCGAACCACGAGCGAACCUCGUCCUCUGCUCGAAGCGCGCGAAACGUUUCUUUCUCAUCGUGUACCGGUGUGUCGAUUCGAAGAUCGGAUCGUUCGUAACAAAGUUUUAGUUCGCAAACCUCUUCGUUAUCCGGUGCUUGGAUAAGUUUCGGACACCGAGCAACUUCGUCGCGGAAAAGAUUUCUCUGGCGCUUUCUUCUUCAUCUUGGGAGAAAUUUGAUCCACCGGUGUGAAGCUUUCUACCUGUCGUCCAAGCAUCCGAGGAACAACGACGUAGGAUUUCGUUCAAACAGCCUGGCUUGGAAAUCUCUUUUUAUCGACUGUCCUCGAGUGGAAACGCAAACAUCUCGGCUUCUGUCGAACGCUUCCGCGAGUGUCGUACUCACAAGGCGAGGAACAGAUCGAUCGCGACAGUGGUUCGUUGACGUUUUGUCCAGCUAUAUACUUCCUGUAGCAGCUGACUGUCGGUCGUUUGGUUGAUUGUUAUUGCUCUUUCUCUUCUUCCGAUCGUGUCCGUCGCGAGCAUCGAGAACUAGCGGACGCGACGGGACGCGACGGGUGACGCGUGCGUCUCGGUGACGUGACAUGUGCGAUAGCCUGGCCGCCACUUCGUUAUCGUGCUCGUCCUCUUUGUCGUGCUGGUCAUCGUCGAGGCGAAGAAAAGGGUGUUGUCGGUGGACGGCCGUUGCCGAGCGGGAAGAAGAAGAAGAGGAAGACAAGGGCAAGAUCAAGAGGAGGAAGAGCACGUGGACGACUGGCACCGCGACGAGGGCCGGCGGCGCGACAGGUUGAAAAGAUGCUGGCACUGGCGAUGCGCCGCGAACACACGACCGGCCGCAGCAAUUACGAGCCCGCGAAUCCGCUCGCGGGUUUCGAACAUUUGCAGCACAACAGCGGUAACCCGUUCGCGGUGGUGCCCUCGUCGUCGGAGGGCAGGCUGCGCGAGCCUGGCCCGGAACCCGACGGCGAACUCCAAGAAUUCGUAGACAUCGCUCAGGUUCAACAGUUGCUGCAGCAACAGCAACAGCAGCAGCAGCAGCAGCAACAACAACAGCAACAACAACAGCAGCAACAACAUCACCACCAUCAUCAUCAGCAACAGGUGGCGGCAGCCGCGGCUGCGUCUUGUAUCUGGGGAGCGGUGUACCCACCGCCACCCCCUACUUUGGGAUACCAUCAUCACCAUCAUCAUCACCACCAUCCACCGCCAACAGCGUCAGGCGAGGACACGCAGUGCGGUACCGAGGAGGUUGCCGCUGCUAGCCAGGCAGGCGACCCGCUCCAGAGGAUGACGAUGGACGGCAUGGAAGUGGUGGGCACGCAGCCCCACGCGGCCAGCCCGUUUAUGCUCUCGCCGCCACCCCUCGGACAUCAUCAUCAUCACCAUCAUCAUGCUACCUUCAAUCUGCAGACGGUGCAGCUCAGCUUCGACGCGUGUUUACCUUACAACACGGCCACCUCGUCGAAUUCGAUCGUUUGCGGAAUUGGCGGCACCUCGACGCCGCCUGUCACCACCUGUACCCCGUCAACCAGCUGUAACAAGACGAUACCUACCCUAUCGUUGGCCCCCUGCGUACCCCUUCAACCGCAGCAGCAAAAUAAUACCGAUUCUUCGGACCACCAUGUCCGACAACAUCAUCAUCACCAUCAUCAUCAACAACUCGAGGACCAUCAGCAUCAUCGACACGUUGAUGCUUCCUCGCCGUCGAGCGACUCGACCGACGGGAAACGACGAUUGCAGUCCGUCAACGAGGAGAAGGACCUGUCCAGGGAUUGCAGAGACGAUCUCCAGGAGCCUAACGAGAAGGAUAAACCAGGUGACCUAAACACGCCGGUUACCACCAGCAGCGAUUUACCGUCCUUCUUCGGCCCCUCCGCGCUCGUCGAGCCACCUCCUAUUUCAGGCAGCCUGGCGGAUCAGGACCUAUCCCUGGAAGAGGCGACAGCGGAGGACGACGAGACGGCGACCUCGGCCAGCAGGGAUCAUCGACACCACCAUCACCAAGAGUCGCAUGACACUGGUACGCCUGGCGCACCUCCAUCCACUAGUCCACCACGUCAUCAUCAAGCUCAAGAGGACGCGGAUCGUUGCAACGUCUUGCAAGGCGGUGUGAUUCUUUACUCUUCCCCUCAUUCCACGUCCUCGGUCUCCUCGGCGCCCGCCUCCAGCGUCAACAUCUGCAACGCGUCUACGUUAACCUAUCGAGGCGUCUUCACCACCACCUGUACCCAGUCUUCGCCCCUGAACACUCUGCAGAAUCAACAACAGCAACAGCAGCAACAACAACCGACCAGCCAAGAGCUCUGGGGUCCUUUACCCUCUCCGACCUUGACCUUGACGGGUCAAACGUUUCUUCACCCCACCCUCCACGCGGCUCCGUACGGCAGCGAGACCGUCGAACUUUUGCCGGUCGAGUCGAAGCCACCCCCGCCACCAGGUUACCAUGACACGCCAACCACCACCCCGGCACCAUGGUUGACGGCGCACGAGGAGGCUUACGACCCGAAUCUCCUGUCCCACCACCACCCCCAUCAUCACCAUCAAGAGACCACGUUGAAGCAAGAACCAACCGGAACGAGCGGAUACGGGCCAGCGGUUCAACAACAGCAGCAGCAGCAACAGCAACAACAACCUCAACCGAAUCAGCAGCAACAACAGCAGCAACCACCCUCGUCGGCCGGUACGACCGGCGUGCAACUGGCGGAAUACAACCCCAGCACGUCCAAGGGCCACGAGAUUCUAUCUCAGGUUUACCAGCACAGCACUCUACCGCUCAGGUUGGUCCCGGUGAAACCACGAAAGUAUCCGAAUCGACCGAGCAAAACGCCGGUGCACGAGCGACCGUACGCUUGCCCCGUGGACGGCUGCGACCGCAGGUUCUCCCGCAGCGACGAGCUCACCCGGCACAUUCGCAUACACACCGGUCAAAAGCCGUUCCAGUGCCGUAUCUGUAUGCGUUCCUUCUCCAGGAGCGACCAUCUAACCACUCACGUGAGAACGCACACCGGCGAGAAGCCGUUCUGUUGCGAUCAAUGCGGCCGCAAGUUCGCGAGAAGCGACGAAAAGAAACGGCACGCUAAGGUUCAUUUGAAACAGAGGCUGAAACGCGAGGCGACCCACGCCUCCGCCAGAAAUCAUCCGCAGAGCCACGCUUCGCCGCCUUGUAAUCAGUAAAGGAAAAAAAGAAAAGGAGCCUGCUCUACUCUCGUCAACGAGCAUUCCUUCUAUUUUGUUUAAUUCUCUCCUUGCCAGGCGACGAGGAAACGACGGAGACCUUUAGGCGGAACACACAGACUGCCGUCACCGACUGAUCCGUCAUCGAUCGUCGUCGGCUCGCCAGCUGUUCAACGAGCGUGGCCGAGAAAAGAAGAGAAACAGAGUGAUCGAAGGGAUUGGCCCUUUGAAUCCGACGGCAUUUUCGACGGUGUAACGACGCGUGAUACCGAUUUUUCGGACCGUAGUACGUAAGAAUCGCCCAAGGGGUUUUCAUAAAAUCCUUGUACAUACGUGGACAAUUUUUAUUUUUCAAAUUUCAGUGAAAUUCCGUAUCCCUGGCCCCGCGUCGCUUGAACCGCGACAGGCUGUGACUAGACGCGUGGAAACGAAUCGAUCGAAUCUUCUCUCCUGAUCUCUGUUCUUUACCGAGAGGACGAUUGAGAGAAACCGAGAUUUGCAGUAUAUCGGAUAUGUGUAUUCAGACGAAUCAUGUUCACGCAUUUUUCUUUUUAUUUUUUCUUUCUUUCUUCUCCUUUAAGCUCUUCUCGUUUCCAUCUUUUGCCUGAGGUGGAAGGUGCUGCGUGGAAGAAGCAGCCGCUAGUUGCAUUUAGCUCGCAGAAACGAAUGGUAGCGAAAAUUCUAGCCUUACCAGGUACUGUUAGCUUGUUUAUCUCGUCGACGGUCAGUAUCAGUCCCCGAACGCGAUGUUCCAUAUGGGAGAAAGAGAAAAAGAGAAAGCACGAGAGAGAGAGAGAGAGAGUUAGAAAGAAUAUUCGAAACGAGCAACGCGUUGGGGAUCGUUAUUUACGGCGGUCGCGUUUUAUACCCUUGUUUUGCGAUCGAGAACGAAGAUGCAGAUGCGAAAAUCGGCGUUAACCGCGCGUAGAUAUACGUACACGAAAUAUUCCCCGGUGUCACGAAAUAUACUGCAAGCACGUUCUCGAACCGAACGACGUAGAAUCGAUACCGCCCGCAGCUUCCGGGUAUCAGGGGAGGAAUUCAUUGAAGGAGAAAAAAGAAACGCGUUUCAUUCUCAAUCGUAUGCAAACAAGCGCUUUAAGGGAAAAAAUGGUGGCGUGCUCUUCUUGAAACGAUCAGGGAUCGCGGAUCGAGCCUCUUAGUGGUCUCUCGUGAUCGAAACCGAUUAAUGAUUUCCGACAUUUCCCAUCCGAGUGUUCGUUCUUUCUUCGGCGAAGAUCCAUGAAUCGAUUCAAUAAACUCUCUGAAGAAAAAGUAUUUUCUAAAAUGGUAUUUUUAUAAACUCGCUCGGGGAUGGUAAAAAUCGAAUGCCGUAUUAUCAAACUAAGUUCGAUGAUCGAUGAAAGAACGAAACACGCGGCCUGAUCUCGUUGCAAGAAGCGGUUAAGGAUAGCCGGACAACCGGCGAACACAUUCUUGCGUCCUCGAACCUCGUGUCUUUCAAUCAUACGAACAAAAACAAUCGCUUCUUUAUCGUCGUCCUCUACCUCUCGAACGCGAUCACUCGUUCCUACAUCCUUCCUGAUCCGAACUUGUUGAAUCUCCGAUUUAUCCUUAGUCCCUAUUCCUACGUUUCCUCGGUUAUUCGAAAAUCAAGCCCGAUUUCUUUCAUCGUCCAACGAGUAAAUUGUAAUUAGUCGUGAUCAUUGUUGUUGAAGCGGAGUUUCCUUUUGUAAAUAUGUAUAUAAACGUGUUAUACAUAUGUAUACAUAGGCUAUGUCUAAUCGAACGAGUAGAGGCAUUGAAAGUGAGAAAGAGAGAAAGAUGGAGAACCCCGUAAAAUCUUUCACUUUCCUCCUUUUAAUCUUGCCGCCCUACUUUCCCCUCUCCUUUCCUCUCCGCCCGUCCCUCCACACCAUCGCGAUCGUUUUACGUGUAUAAAUAUGAGUUUAGCGACGAUUAAUAUUAUGUAUAUGUUGCUCUAUUUAUUAACAAAAAUCUCUAUAUAUACAUAUAUAUAUAUAUAUAUAAAAGAGGAUAUAUAUAUAUUGUUAAAAUUAAAGGAUUAUUUUUAUUAUGAUUAUAUUCUAAUUAAUAUUAAUAACGAUUAUAUAAUAAUUAUUAAACGCGCGCAAAGCGUAGCUGCGGAUCCAGACGUUCUAAAUGCGCUCUGUACCUACGGACGAUAGUUGCACCGACGUGUGCGCGAUAUUAUCCUCUAUUGUUCUAGAUAGGUCGGAAAAUAUGUAGGCAGAGGAGCAUGUACGCGCACGCGCUUUUCCGUGGAAUAAAAAUGUCAAGAGAGAGAAAGAAAGAAAGAAAGAAAG